CAUCCAUCGCCGGCUUGGCCGCCUAUAAAUCCUCCCGCACUUCGCCGCAAAAGAACACAACUGACAAUCAAGACCAGUCCACUAAACCCCACACGCAACCGCCCACCACAAACCCCGGCCGCCGGCCGGCCCGCGAGUUCGACCGAGUCCAACGAAGAUCAGUUCCGUUCCGGCCAUGAUGAGCGGCGGCGGCAGUGGCAGCGGCAGCGGCAGCGGCGCGGGGCCGAGCAGCUCCAGCUUCGAGCGGCACGCCAAGCGGCGGCCCCCGGCGACGCCGGCGUCGGACCAGCAGCGGAAGCUGCUGCGGCUGUCGAUGCAGCAAGGGCAAGGGGAGGAGGACGCGCUGGCGGCGGGCGUGGUGCCGCCGGUCACCGUGGUCCUGGACGGGCGCUGCAUCUGCCACCGCAUCCACCUCAGCGGCCACACCGGGUACCGCAGCUUCGCGGGCGCCCUCCGCCGCAUGUUCGUGGACGACGCGGCCGAGGGCGACGACGACGGGCUCGACCUCUCCAAUGCCGUCCCCGGGCACGUCGUGGCGUACGAGGACAUGGAGGACGACCUCCUCCUCGCCGGCGACCUCAACUGGAAGGACUUCUGCCGUGUGGCGAAGAGGAUCCGGAUCAUCCCGGCCAAGUCGACGACCCGAAGGAUCAAGCAAUGCGGGGGCGCGGUGAACUAGCUAGCCAGCCACGCCCGGUGAACCACAGGUGUAAUUAAGCCAUACCUCUGCAGCUCCACUCCGCUCUCAGCUCAGCCCAGCUCAACUCCGGCGAAAAAAAGAUCAAGCCCGGCCGGCCCGUCGUCAACAUCUGCCUAAAAAUCAGUCGAAAUCCUCGAUCCAACCUUUUUCCAUUUUUCGCUGCAUCAAAAGUUCAAUGUCGCAUCUCACAAUGAAAAGAAAAAAGAGAGAUCAAUUUUC